UUUUCUUUCAAUUUCUUUUGUGAAAAUGUCUGCUCUCGCUUCAACCAAAAAUCAUUCUUCUGCUAUCAGUAGUGCUAAUCGCCCUCGGCACCCUCCCCCUAAACCUUUACCACAAUCGUCUUCUUUUGUUUUUGGUUCAUCAACACCUCGAGAGAUUUCUUAUAUUAAUAAAACAAAAGUUUCUCCACAAGAUCGUCUUCUUAUUGAUACAGAGCCUAGACGUAAAAAACCUUUGCCUCCUGUUGGAGAUAAAGAUAUUAUUUAUUACAUGCGACAAGCAAGAUCAAUCGGGCCGAGAGAUCGCAAAAAGGCAGCUUCACAAAAUUAUGCUUUUGGUUCUUCAACGCCACGUUCAUUAUCUCAUUUAAGUAAAUUAGCAAAAGAACAACGCGUUUAUGAUGCAAAAUUUGAGCGUAUUAUAAACAAGGAAAGUCAUGGAAUGCGUUCAGCAACAAAUCCAAAUUUGGUUGGAAAUAAUAAACCGAUAAGUGAGUUUUUUUGAGAGGGAAACAUCUUCCUCCUGUUGGAGCUCAGGUUCGAUGCCUAAUGGCAUUUGUUGACGCCUGCUUUAGUGUAGUCCCCUACGGGGCACGUUCCAAGUGGGGGGAGGCAAUUGCGGGUCUAGCUUUGUCG